GGAGGGGGGGCCCUCCCAGCAGAAGCCCGUUGACCAAUUCUUCCCGAAGGGAGACGUUCCCCAGGUGCCGAAAGGGGAGGGGCCGUCAAAAGGCGCUGAGGCCGCCAAGAGGAAGGCGCCCGCCAAAGGCGCCGAGGCCCCCGGCAAGAAGGCCAAGAAGCCUGUCGGGGAGAAGGGGGCGCCAGUCGUCAUCUCCGAGGGCCAUUCCUCCUCCGGCACACCGCAGGUAAUCAUUGCUGCUGCCCCCCCUUCCGGAGCAGAUGGAAGACGGGCCAUGGCCCCGGGAAAACGUCCACUUUUCCAUCAAAAAGGGGACUGCCAUUCUGCAUGGCACUCUGGACCCGAAGGAGUUCUUGGACGGGGCCACUCCUUCGCUGGAUAAGUCGACUCUGAGUCGGUACGACGAUGCUGCCCUGGACGCUAAGCUUCUCCAGGCCUCGGUGACGGCCAGUGUAGCCCUCGGAGAACAUGUCCGGAGGGCUGAACAAUUGCGCCUCCAGAAAGCGGAGUCCGACGAGACUCUGAGGAAGCUCGUCAUGACUAACACCGAGGCCAUCCGGAAGAUGGCAAUCCUGGAGGAGACCCUCCGGAAGACGGAGCUGAGGUUGGAGGAUGCCCGGAAGGAGGGCAAGGCCGAGGGCAAGGCGGAGGCCGAGACGCUUGCUGCUGCCGCCGCAAAGACCGCUGCUGACAAUGCCGAGGAAGCAAAGCGGGUGGCCAUCAUUCAGGCCGAGAAAGAUGCUGUCGCUGCCUUUGUCGCCGGGGGCUGGAAAGAUGAGGACCGGAGGCAGUGGGUUUCCUCGGUGGUUGAGGAAAGUGUCGAUGACUGGGUGGGUGGUCCCGGGGCGAUGUGGCUGGCCCGGAAGGGCAAGAGCUAUUAUGAGGGCGGUGAAUACUUCACCCAGGCCAAUAUCUAUAGGAAGCUUGCCCGGCACUUCGGCGCUGAUCUGAAGGACUUUAAACCUGAGGCUUAUGGCCUCCCCCCGCUCCAACCAGAUGUCCGGGUCCCUUUGCCGGAGGGCGAAGAGAGGGAGCUGCUCGAAGACUCUGAACUGGCGAAGGAGGCCGAAGAUGAUGAGGAUGAAGGGGCCGGGGACGACGCUGCCUCGAAGGCCAAGGAGGACGUAGCUGAGGAAGCUCAAUCUUGAAAAUUGUCUAAGUAUCAUUCCUUGUAAUAGUUGAUAGGUCUUCGGCUUCGGCCAUGCAUUGUAAUGAAACGCGACUUUUGUACUUUAACACUUUCCUCCGCUGGAUGUAUGAUAUGCCUUCGGGCUCUUUUAUGUGAAUGCUUCCUUCAUUUUGAGUUAGAAUGUAUGCUUCCGCC